GGGGUCAAUAUUAUUCUAUCCAGGAAGUUCUUUUCAUUUUUUAUGCUUGGGUCCAAAUAAACACGACAACAAGGAAAUGCGUCUUCAACUCAAACAUAACGGAAACAUACAGGAAUCCAUACCUAUCCAACCUGAAAGACUACUGCUUCCUGUGCAAUUUGGCUAUCUUGCUACUUAUAUAUAAGAUAUAUUUUGGACUGCCGGAUCUGAGAGUAAGCCACGGUUAACUAAUUAGCAUUAGUGAGACAUGCUUGAUUGCUGACUCUUUUUUUUUUUAAACGCAUUAAGCAUUUUGAUUCCAAGUCCUAAUUAUAACAGCUGGGGAUCCGUUAACAUUUUAUGAAAAAAGGCGUGCAGGGUAUAGCAACCAUUUGUCUAUGUAGGCCUAUCGGUUAGGCUAACCUACGUUUGCUUUGUGAUAAAUGGGCGAGGUAGAUUGCUUUCUUUUUGGUCAGGGAGAUAACGAUAUUCCGAUUAUAUGCAUAAUUGCAUGCCUUUAGCCUAGCCAAUCACUUCCCAACCUGUGUGCUUGUGUAACGCACGCUGAUGGUCAGCAUGGUCGGAACUUCGGAAUUUCGUGCCGAAUAUCACUGAGUUUAACUAGCAAAUAUUAAUGUACAUUGUGAAGCAACAGCCAUACAGCAGUUCAUGUUUCGACAAGAAAUUGGCGUAUUGGCUUUCAUUCCGUCGUGUUCUGAACUUUUCCAAUACGAGAAGAGGAAUAUGUCCCGAUACAAUAUUUAUAGUCUACUGGAUUGGGUGUAUGGCGGUGUGGACCCGAAGUUUGAAGGCAAUGGAGGCCCAGAGUGUGCAGCCUUCAUCACGCGUCAACAACGUUUAAAUGAGAGCAUGGCUGUAGUUCUUAUUUCCAUUGCAGAAGUCGUCUUGGCUCUCAAAAAGAUAAACUUUUCAAAAGAACAUAAAGAAAUCAAAAAUGGGCGGAACAAUAAGGAAGACAGCCUGGUCAAGAAUCUCCUCUUGGUGGCACUCUGUAUGACGUUUGGAGUGGAAGUCGGAUUUAAGUUUGCAACCAAGACGGUCAUAUACCUACUAAAUCCUUGCCACGUUGUCACCAUGGUGCAGAUCUUCCUCCUAGCCUGUCCACCUUGUAAAACAGCCAUGAUAGUUUUCAGACUACAGGUCCACAUGCUUAAUGGAGCCCUGCUUGCCCUUGUCUUUCCAGUGGUGAACACCAGGCUGUUGCCCUUUGAAAAGGAGAUUUACUACAUCCAGCACUCCAUGCUAUACUUGGUCCCCAUUUAUCUCUUCAGGAAAGGUGGUGUGUACACACCUGAACCACUUGGGGAUAUGUGGUGGGCUCUACUAUCAACUGGCAUCUUGUUCCUCUAUCACUUUGUGUUUCUGCAAGGCCUUGGCAUGAUGACUGAAGUCAACUUGAACAACAUGCUCUGCCCAGCUGUGUCAGACCCUUUCUACGGGCCAUGGUACAGAGUUUGGGCCACUGGGCAUCAGACCCUUCUGACUUUGGUUCACGGCAAGGUGCUCACAUUGUUUGCUCAGCACACAGCCCCCAUGUGUCGUUACUUCAUGGACAGCACCUGCCCUCGCAGCAAGAAGGUUGUUUGAGCACCCCUGUCAACACAUGUUCUUCAUCCCUAAAUCACAUGUAAUCUAUACCUUUUAACCCAUAGACUGAACAUGUUCCUAGAUGUCAUAUCAUGUUUUAUUGAGCAGGUCCUUUUUUACAUAACAGCUGGAAUUAAAAGAAAAUAGGCAAAUGUCUGUUUCUGGGAGUUUGUGCUCCACUGAUGGUACAAAGCUUGCCAAAUACAUUUAGUCUUUUUCAUACAUUCUUUUGAAGUUCAAGUUGUGAACUCUUUUGUUCCGUUAUCUUCUUGUUGCCUUUAUUAAGAGCAGUUCUGGCUUGGUCAUGUGUAGAGGCUCAUUAUGUUGACUGAUCAUGGUUACAAUCAUUUACAAGUGUGCGGUUUUUGUGCAACUUUUAUUUUUUCCUCAAAUGAACAGUUGUUACUUGUUUUUUAAAACAUGUUUAUCUGUUUUAUAUUGUUCAUGAUAACAAACGCCUACAGAAAUUGUGGUAAAGGUAUCGCAAAAGUGAAUUUCAAAAAAUUAUUUUUUUAUUUCAUGACGAGUGUAAAAUGUGUCAGAUUCCUGGGUUCUUUGAGGUGAGCCCUGGGCACUUGUGUGAGUGUCAGUAGCAUGUUCAUCUUGAAUAUACCAUGAACUGCACUGCUUACAACUGAACACAUCAGUGGGAAAAAAUAAAGUUGUGUUUGGAAUGUU